UUGUGGAAGAAAUAUCGUCGCUUGAUGAACCCAGUGAUGCACCCUUCAAACGUAGAGACUUUUCUGCCCGUAUUCAACGAAGUUGCGAGGAACUUUGUUGACAUGUUGAUGAAAUCUAAAGAGCCAAUUGACCCAAGACAUGCUAUUUUUGACGCUACGCUGGAUGCUGUUAUAGGAACUGUCAUUGCGAGAAAACCAUUGACCUCUCAAAUGAAGAAGGACGUCAGUUUCAUAAUAGACGUAGGGACGGAAAUAUUUCUAGAACGAUUUUUCAAGAUAUGGUUGCACCCAGAAUGGAUAUUCAAGCUGGUUUACCGCAAGGAGCUGAGUGAGAUGUACAGAAUAAUGGAUGAAGGCGUGGAUUUCAUCAACAAGGAAUGGGAAAAAGAGAAGAUUCUACGUAGAACUUAUCAAUAUGAUAUUUCAAAUCCGAAAUCUCCUGCAAUGAAUCUGGUAGACGUGUGCUAUGAGAAUGAAGACUCAGAUGUAGCGGAGAAUCAUGAGUGGAAGGACGAAAUUACUACGAUUUUACUAGGGGCCACUGACACCAUGGUAGCAGCUUUGUCUUUUCUUCUGGUCACUCUUGCCAACUACCCAUCUAUACAGGAAAAGAUUAUUGCAGAGAUAAAGCAGGUUAUGGGAGAAGAAUAUCUGACAAGAGACGUGACAGUAUCUGACAUUUCAUCCUUGACAUAUCUUGGUCAGGCCAUCAUGGAGAGUAUGAGGUUUCAUGGAAACGUUCCACUCAUUCUUCGUAAGGCUACCAAAGAUACCAAGCUGAGAAGCUGUACUUUACCGGCCGGGAGCAGGAUUCUCAUACCUCUUCACGCGAUGGGGUGGAAUUCCAUUUACUUUCCUCAUCCUGAGAGGUUCCAGCCUGAACGAUUCGCACCAGAAUCUGACGAUAGAUCCGCGAGACACAACUACUCCUAUUUGCCUUUCAGUGGAGGACCACGAUGCUGUAUAGGCAAGACGUAUGCUCUUAUGUUCAUGAAGACGGUGAUGGUCCAUAUUCUGAGAAGGUGUGCGGUGAAAUCGCAGGUCCGGCUAGAGGAUAUUGUCUACGAGAUAAGGAUGGUCAUGUACAGCAAGACUCCAGUGCUUCUCACCUUUGAACCUCGCUGAAAUAUUGGACACUGUAGGCUGAGUCAUUGAGAAUAUAUAAUUGACAAUAUAUCAGUAAUUGAGAAAAAUACAAAUGUUUAUUUAAAUACUGUAAAUUUGCGUACUGAUAAUUGUUAGACGUAAAGAAUGAUGCGCCACUAAGUAUGAUUAAAAAUUUCCAAUUAAGGACUCCAGAAAUGAGAUACUUUACAACACUUAUUAUUAUUACAAGUGUUAUAAUUAAGAUUUAAUUUGUUUCCAAACUAAUAAAAAGUAGAAUACUACUUACUUUUAGCCCUCAAGCAUAACAAAGAUUAUUUUUUCGUAUUGCAGAAAUAACAGCUGUUUUAUUUAAAUACAUAAGUUGGUCCAUAAUACAGUGAUAUUGGUCCAUAAUAAAGUUAUUCGUUAUAUUACAACAGAGGUCUAAAAGUCUGCUGUCGCACAUAUCAAGUUUUUCAGUAGUUUAACCUCAACUGAAGCAAAUGCAAAAACACAGAUGUUUAUAAAUGAAAAUUUGUCAUCAUUACUAUGUUGUGCUAUUAUAUAAUAAAAAUUUAAUAAAACGUA